UUCCCACUCUUUAGCAUUCGUGUCCCUCUUCUUUCACCACCAUGACUACCCCCAAAACAACUCCACGCAUUAUCCUCGGGACACAGAGCUUUGCUCUACACACAACAGAUCCAAAAACGGCGGACUUUCGAGUCCAAGGACCUGAGAAUCUUAAGCCCUUCCUCGACUUACUCGAAACGUUUGGGGUUCUCGAAUUAGACACCGCUCGUGUCUACUGUGGAGGCGAUACUGAAGCAACAAUCGGUUUAGUCGAGGGUGAGCCGCUGACUCGUUUUGAGAUCUCAACGAAAGUAUAUCCUUUGCAGCCUGGCGAUCAUUCGCCAGAGGCAUUAGUGCGGCACUUGUAUCAGUCUUUGGAACAAUUGAAAGUCGAUAAAGUUAAGAUAUUUUAUCUUCAUGCGCCCGAUUUUUAUACCCCAUUCGAAACGACACUUAAAGCCAUUGAUGACCUCUACAAAGAUGGACUCUUUGACGAAUUUGGUUUAUCAAAUUUUGCAGCAUGGCAGGUAGCACUCAUUCACCAAAUCUGUCAUUACAAAGGCUAUGUGAAGCCGACUGUAUAUCAAGGAUGGUACAACCCAUUAAUGCGUCAAGUUGAACGAGAGCUGUUUCCUUGCCUGAGGGAACUUGGUAUGAAAUUUUACGCCUAUAAUCCGAUUGCCGGCGGUUUUUUAACUGGGAAAUAUCAUAUCGAUAGCAUCGUCAGGGACGGCACACGUUUUGACACGAAAACUAUCUUGGGAUCAUACUAUCGAGAGCAGUAUUGGAGUCCACUUUUUUUUGAUGCUGUAGAUGCACUAAGAAAGGUAACAGAGUCAUAUGGGACCCCCCUGCUGGAGGCGUCAAUCCGCUGGAUGAACCACCACUCUGGACUUGGACCUAAUGAUGGUCUGAUUUUUGGUGCAAACGACUGCGUGGGAAACUUGAAAGAAAACCUCAUCAGCUUACAGCAGGGUCCUUUGAACAAGGAGCUUGUCAAGGCCUUUGAGGAGCUCUGGGGAAAAGUCAAGGCAGCCAACCAAACAUACUUUAGACGCGACAUCCGAUACCUGAAACCAGAAGACGACGAUGUUGGAAGCGAUGAAGAGACUGAGAAGUAAAAUAAAGAGAGAGCCUGAUAAACGGGUGCGUCAGCUCUUACAAAAGCAUUUUGGUCUGGCCUUAAGAGUAUGUCUCUCCAGAUCCUUAAGACAUUUCACAAAUGCAAACAUUAAGACAGCUUUGUUAUGUUUGUUAUGUCAAUAUAUUACC